AUGCAAUCUAUUUCUUUGAUAAAUCCCACUCCAUUAUUCCACCAAUUUUCAUCCACCAAGUCAAAGAAACCCAUUUUGUUUGUUCCUGUUAUGGCUUCCAAAAGAGAUAAUAAUUUUGGAGGCAAGUUAGUGGAUGAAAGUAUGAUCAUCUUAAGGAAAAGGAUCCAUGAGAUGAACAUGAUGGAGAAGAACUAUGAAGCACCUUCUAAUUGGAUGGAAUGGGAGAAAAGUUGUUAUUAUACAAACUAUGAUUCAGUCAUAUGUGAAGCAAUGAGAGUUUUACAGACCAAGUUGAUGAAUACUAGGCCAAGUGUUGCUUUUGGGGCUAUGGCUUUUGUUGCAAUUAGUGUUCCAUUUUCUUCUUUUCUUGUUUUGGUUCAUCUUUUGGAAUUUGCUAAAUCUGUUUUAGGUGGUCUUCAUUUUUCUUAG